AUGGCACAUGAAGGGAAGUUGCUGCCAGCACUUUGCCCAGACUACACACAUAGCCUUUCAGCCGUUGAUAAGUGUAGGCUCUGUCAGCACCAGUGUAUCUUCAACAAGCUCAACAACUCUGUAUCCUGUCUGUGUCACGAUGGGUUCAAGGUCGACCCAAUUGACGAGCUCAAAUGUUCAGAAUGUGAGAAUGGAACAUUUGGAAACAACUGCUCCCAAAAUUGUAGCUGUGUUACACCAAACACUGAGUACUGUAAUAAAGUUAAUGGCUCUUGUGUAUGUAAACAAGGAUGGACUGGAGACAGAUGUCAAACUGAUGUUGAUGAAUGUGGAGGCAAACUGAUUGAUUGUCCUGAACAUUCUAAUUGUAUCAACACAAAUGGAUCCUAUGAUUGUGACUGUAUUGAUGGUUAUAAAAAGACUAUUAUAAAUAAAACACAAUGCAUAGAAUGUGAGAAUGGAACAUUUGGACACAACUGCUCCCAAAAUUGUAACUGUUUUACAUCAAACACUGCCUACUGUAACAAAGUUAAUGGCUCUUGUGUAUGUAAACAAGGAUGGACUGGAGACACAUGUCAACUAGAUAUAAACGAAUGCACUGUCAAUAAUAUUUGUCAGUUUAAAGACAAUUGCUCUAACUUUGCCGGAGGGUAUAAUUGCAGUUGUCCCAUGGGCUUUUAUUUGCUUCUAGAUGGACACACAUGCCAUGAGUGUGAACAUUUCAAAUAUGGCAGAGAUUGUGAAGAAACAUGUAGCUGUAUAAGGCCAUAUUCCCUGGGCUGUAAUCCCGUUGAUGGGGCAUGUGAUUGUGUUGCUGGAAGACAGGGAGACAACUGUGCUGAUGAUAUUAACGAAUGCGAAAACUCUAGUUUGUGUAUGCAAGAAUUAAAUUUUGAUUGUGUAAAUACUAUUGGAUCAUACAGGUGCAUUUGUAAGCCAGGUUUCUAUCUAAAGAACAUAUUUCAGCAAGAAGUUUGUAAAGAGUGCCUUGAAAACUUCUAUGGAGAAAAUUGUACAAAAGCCUGCACGUGUGCGUCAAAUGCUGUGUGUGAUAAAGCCGAUGGUUCAUGUUUCUGUGGUGCUGGUUGGAGGGGAGAGAAUUGUGACGUUGAUGUUGAUGAAUGCAGUGAAGGACUACGUCAAUGUGAUGCAAGCAAACAUCUAAUCUGUGUCAACACUAAAGGAAAUUCUACAUGUGAAUGUCAGUCAGGUUAUGCCUGGUUUCCAGAGAGUAAUGACUGCAUUGUGCCAUACUUUCCAUUCGGAGCUGAAUCGAAUGAUAAUCUUUUAAAUUUCUCCAAUUCGAACAAGUUAUUGAGCAAUGAAAAUGUUUUUGUUAGUCAGCCAAUUUCCCUUAGCUCUGGUGUGGCAUUUGGGAAUUCUUAUCCAAUCACAGCUCAGAUAUUAACCAGUGGGGCGAUUGUAUUUGAUGACGGAAAUGAGCAAGUUACUGGGACUCCAGACUUAAAGUUUGCUUUUCUCCAGCGAGACAAAAUUAUAGCCCCAUAUUGGAGUGAUAUUGAUCCCAACUCAGGUCAAGUUUUUUAUCACCUGUAUGAAAGAUGUGGCUCAUCUGUGUUUAUGGGAAAACCUGAUGCAACACCUUCACAGCUUGUAUCCUCAGUCAUGAGACGUGCUGAAACAGACAUAGCAAAAUUUCAUCAUUUCAGCGGUUUUACAGCAAAUGUUGUGCUGGUUGCUACAUGGGUUUCUGUCAGUCCUUUAUCAGAUGCAAACGUAACAGAUAAAGAACAUAAUAAUACAUUUCAAGCUGUUUUUGUCAGUGGAUGGAAAACAGAUACCUUAUAUGAACAGAGCCUUGCAGAGACCUCAUAUGUGAUAUAUAUUUACCAAAAACCUAAAAUGAAGUGGCGCUAUGUCCGAGGUAGAAUCAUUCAGAUUGGUUUCACAAACGGCCAGGAACUUAAAGCACUUCCAAAUACUAAUUCAAGAGUUGUCACCCUUUUGGGUAACUACAAAUGGAACACUGACUACGAAGGUGUCGUGUCCUAUGAAACUGGAAGUGUGAGCAGCCCAGCACAGAGCUGCCACAGGUACAUCUGUGACAAUGUAGGACUCCUGCAGGACCCUGUUUAUCAGAAGGACAAGAAGGCUCUGUAUUAAUGUCCUUGCAGCAUCGAUAAACUUGGCCACCAAUGGCUGUAUGUUGAAUCAAGGGGAACAAACAAGGAUAUUAAAUGCUAUGCAAUCAGCUAUGCUGCCAAAAAUCGUUUUUUACCAGGCAAUAAAAGAAAUAAGCUAUGUUGCUAUAAAACAUUAACUCCAAAGUGCAGUAAUGACUGGCAGACAGCAGAAAAACUAAAGCAACAAUCUUCUUAUGUUCUGGCCUCUCCUGACUCAGGUCAUGUACUCAUCACUGACCCCUUUAACAACAGACAAGCUUUAGCAAACAUGGAAGCUCAUAAAAUUUGUUGCGCCAGUUCAAGUCAAAGCCUGUGUGAGAAGUUUGAACAGAUUUUUCCUGAGAUGGGAUGUUCACCUAUAGCUGUUUUUC